AUAAAACUCGUUCGAAAUUUGAAUUGAACAUGCUUCGAUUUGCGAGCUUUUCGGCGCGAUGUGAAUGUUGCUCUAAAGUUAAUAAUUAACGAUAAUGGACGAAUUUAUUCAAGAUUCAAGUUUAUUUGAAGAUAUUUACAGUCAAUAUGAUGAGAAGACUGACUUUGACAAGUGUGUCGAGAAAUAUCAAAAUGAUUUGUCGUCAAAUACGAAUAAAACAAAAGUAAAUUUAGCGAAAGAUAAUCUAAAACAAAGCGAUUGCGAAUCAAAUGUUGCACCUUCGGCAAAAAUAGUACCGGUUUUCGGUAAAAAACGAAAUAAACCCAAUGAUGAAAAGAAGAUAAAAAAGUUUACCGUACCAACGAAAAGUAUCGUCGAUUCACAAAAGGAAAUGGGUUUAGACGAAACCGAAAAUGAACAUUUAAAACAGGACGCGGAAAAUAUUAUUGAAACUACUGAAAACUUCACGAUUUCUCAAAAAUCUUUUAAGGAUAUUUAUUUUGAUGCCACUCCUUUGCCAUCGUUUGAUCAUACAAAUACAAAUAAUACUGCUUAUUUUAAUGAUCCUAAUGUUACUCAAUCUCAGUGUUCAACCAAUAUUUUUAAUUCUCAAUCUUCCCUGGAUUCAGUCUAUAAAAAAACCAAGCAUGUACAAAAGGCUUCAAAUUUAGGGGGUUUCAUUUUAAAUUCAAUCAAUCUGCUCAAUGACGAAGAGAUACUCUCUCAAAAUUCGAUCCAAGAGAGCUUCCAUUCGGAGAGAUCCUUAACUUUCCUAUCGCGUAACAAUUCCAUAUGCUCCGUAGUGUCUUUAGGCAAAACUUACAAAGAUAUGGAUGUCAAAAGUUUUACAGAAAAUCCUCAAAAAAUUGUUACAAUGAACACAGAACAUAAAAUACCUGAUCAAGACGAAUAUCUCAAACUUUUUGUACUAAAAAAAACUCAAAAUAAACAAAAUAAUGUUGUUAUGAGCACUGAGUUUGGUGAUAUGGGUUUCAACUUAUUCUUUGCUAACUAUGUUAAAGAAUCAGGCAAUGAUAUGUUUAUUUGCAAACAACUAAAAGAUUCUAAAAUACAAAAUGAUAGUGCAGUUACGCGUAAGUUGAUUUCGAAAAUGUAUGGAAAAGAAAAUUCGCUGUUAUUAAAUAAGAUGAAAAAGUGAAACAGAUUAGUUAUGUAUAAUUAAUUAUUAGAUUACCCUAAUGAAAGAUUGUAAGAAGAUAAUAAAUUGUAGAUUAUU